GACAGAAAUGCAGGUACGCACGGGGGGAUGCAACGGCGCCAAAGCUCGGGUGGAAACCACGCCCGCGAGGCCCUGUGCGCCCAUUGGCCACUCCCUGGCCGCGCCCGGCUGCACCCCUGAUCAUUGCCGCCCUAGCGUCAGCUCAAUUUCAACGCUCAGGAACACACAUCCAAUCAGUCGCCUCGCCUGUUUGUAAACGAAGGGAGCGAGUGGGUCACCCAAUUUGGCACCCAUGGCGGCUUUUCCUGCUGCUUGGGGGUCCUUCCAGACCUCCGCCUGCCCAGGCUGCCCUGUUGGCCCUUUCCCCUUACCCCUUCUGGCUGCGCAAACCAAAUUGAUCAGCAUCGUUCAAGGUCACGAUGCUUUGCCUUGCCUGCCCGCCCGCCCGCCCGGGAUCAGUCCUCCCUUUUGGCUUGGCCUCUCUUGUGGCUCCAGCGCCCACUUGAACUGUGCGAGGGCUGAGAGGAUCGUCUCGCCUCGCCUCGCCUCGCCUCACCAGGACAUCGUCGUCAAGUCAUGUACUUCUAGGAAUCCGACAGCCAGGAGUCAGGACAAGCACAUCGGCCCGGCACCUAAUGUCCGGCCCAGACGUUCGUCCCGUCCCCUGGCUUCGAUAUGGACCUUCAACAAGAGAACGGAAAUUCGCGCACCCUCAAUCGGAAGGCGCGCACCCAUUUGCUGACUAAGAAGUAUAGAAUACAAGAUGACUUCUUCUCGAAGGGCUGGCUGGGGUGAAGGGGGCGAGCCCCGGAGCGCGAAGCAUAGCGGAGGGCCGUGAGUAGGGCCGGUAGGCACGACCCGAGUUCCCAGAGGACCAACCCGCCCUGUUUGUGGUCCCUUAAUUGUGAAGAAGCCUUAUGUGUUGAAGUUGUGAAGACUUUAAGGUCCUGUGCUCUGAUUGGUUGAAUAGUAGGGAGGGUGCGUGCCUUCCGAUUGAGGGUGCGCGAAUUUCCGUUCUCUUCAACAAAACCAAUAGAACAAAGACUCUGCCGCCGGUGGCCACCCAUGGCUGCCAGGCCAGGCCAGCUGCGCCCUUCGGCUCACUGCCUGCUUGGGGGCCGCCUCCCCUCGUGUUGCAUGCGUCGCCGCUGACCCGCCCAGCCUGCCAGCCAGUCAGCCAGUCCAGCCAUUCCGGUCAUGGACCCGAGUCCAGACCAACCCAUACGUCCCGCUCACCUGGUUCAACAGCUUGGUUGCAUGGGCUCGCAUUGGAUGGCGGCGUUGAGUCCUCCUGCAACUGCAACGUCACCGCACUGACGUGUUUGGCAAACAUGCGAGCCAGGAAAAACUCUU